GACUCCGCCCAGCUACGCGCGCAACAAGCCGUUGCCUGCGGCUGCCCCAGACUACGUGAGGACUUUCUCGACGACGGAUUGGGGUUCCGGCCACGGUGAGGCCCCGCGCUUUGAGAUUGCCUUCGAGGAUACCUACCCAUCGUGUGCCACGCGCGCCGUCAAGUUAUUUGUGGAGGACCGGCCCGGCUUCGAUGCCUUCUUCCGCAAGGCGGGGGUUCCACCCUCUGACUUGCCGAACAGUAGGUGGAGCCGGGGCAUCUCGACGGCGCUGUGCCACCACUUCAGUUUGCAGGAGAGGAAGUGCCCCUACUGGCAGAACUGCAUCUUCCUGCAUGUGGAGACAGAGGUUUUGAUGAGGGAGUUCAAGCGAUACAAGUGCAUGUGUGGCCCAAAUGACGGUGUUUGCAGGUUCACGCGUUGCCCUUACGCGCACACGCAGACACAGCUCACGAUCCCAAGCGCUUUCGAGGAGCCCGCCUUCCCGGGCGAAGAUGCUGUACGGGAAAUCCGGUACACAAGCGAGCAAACUGGUUUGGAAUCAACAUUAAAGCUGCCCCGAAAGUUUAUUGCCAACACCUCCCAGAAGAUCGCCAACUCUCUUUGCUCCCACACUUACGACUGGUGCAGCUCCGCUGUAUCGAAUCACGUCAGGGCGGGUUUGGUUUUCUCUUUUUUCUGUUCUGAUGCCCUUGUUCUGCAUCGUUUGGCAGCCACACUCAUUGGUAUUGGUUGAGGCAGCGACGCGCAGUGCAAUCACGGGGUGCACAUCACGCCAGAGGGCUGGGCAUGGCUUAGAGGUUACUCAGAUGCCACCAAAGCAGAUCUGCCCACUCCGCGCUACUUCGCAUCUAAGGUGCGACGGGUGGUCUAGGCUCCCGAAUGUUUCCCUUUUCUGUUGAUUUUGGGUAUCUCCUGUUGGCAGUUUGAAACAAGUUUAGGAGGGUGAUGUUGAAAAAAGGACACGCGCGGAACGCUGAGAGUCCCUGAUCGUGCCAUGAACUAUCCUUCCUUGUGUGACCGCGAGUCCGUGACUGCCUCUACAGGUGAAUGUUGGCAGGACGGGUAGGACCUGGAUGAACGCAGGUCGGACACAUGCUUGUGAUCGUUUUUUCUGGAGAUUGGUGCGCGAAAAAACCGUCAUUCUCAGUGACUGUGUGACAGAGUUGAAGUCUCAUUUUCCGCAAUUUGGGUUCUGAGACCUUGGCGAACCACCCUUCUGCCAACUCUAAGUGAUUUUGCUGCGCCCUCCAGGUGGACAAAUGCUUCCGCAGGCUACCGGCGGAGGUCCAGGCAAAAGCGCUGCCUCCAAACCGCUGGAAUGGCAAAGCCUGGGCCGCCCUCGAGGCUGCAAACAAUGUGCCGGGAAAAGCAAAGGCGUUCGGAGCUGCAAGUGCACCAGACAGUGCUGAAUACCCCGCGCUGGGCAAAGCAAAGUCGAAGCCACUUGCAGCCCCGCCGCCACCAAAAGCUGCUG